AUGUCCUCCACCGGCCCAGCAGUGAAGCUUGGCGCAGGUGUUACCGGCAGCGAAGCAGAACUCGAAGUCGGCAAUGCUGGGUACCGCAUCGUAACUGGAGACUGUCCAACGGUUGGUGUUGCUGGUGGCUACACUCAGGUUGGUGGACACUCCAUGCUGAACAGUGCAUACGGCGUGGUUGCUGACAAUGUUCUGGAGUGGGAGGUCGUGACUGCUGAUGGUCAACACCUCAUCGCCCCGCAGACUGAGAAUGCCGAUCUGUAUUGGGCUAUCAGUGGCGGUGGAGGUGGUACCUUCGGCGUGACCCUCAGCAUGACAACGAAGAUCCACGCUGACAACACUAUCGUGUCCGGUGCAACGCUUGGCAUUGUGAGGACUUUGGCACCAAAUGAAGAGUCUCUCGCAGCUGCAGUCCAAGCAUGGUGGCAAUUUCUACCAUCUAUCUUCGACACUGGUGCUGUGCCUCUGUUCAACAUUGGACCGCUAGGCUUCAACGUAUCUAGCGUAACUGCACCAAACCGAACAUCGGACGAGGUCGCAGCUAUAUUCGAGCCCUACCUAACUCAGCUGCGAGAUCUCAACAUCACGUUCGACUUUGCGCCCAAGCAGUGGAGCACCUACUUCGAGCACUACGAGGACAUCCAAGGCCCUCUACCGAACGGCAUAUAUGUCGCCAGCAUGCUUUCAACAUUAGAGAUGCUUAGUCGCAAGGCGUACCUGGCAGACAGCAUCACGCCUCUCAUCGAGGCAGUGACUUGCGAUUCUGGAGCCUAUCUGAACGAAGCUGACCCACUCGUGUACCCUGCCGAUCAGCCGGAGAAAUGGCAAAACGCAUUCCAUGGUAGUCACUACCCACGACUUCGAGAGAUCAAGGACAUUUAUGUUCCAGAAGGUGUGUUCUACGCCAAUACUGCGGUUGGUGUCGAAGACUGGUCAAUCGAUGGUGAGGGCAGACUUUGCAGAGCUUAG